UCGAAGACCUUGAAAACCUUCGCAUCUCAGUCGUCUGUUUGUUAGGUUUCCCCCAAAACCCACCCUGCAGAAAUCAGAGAAAUGGACGAAGAAACCAGAGGGAAGAUAAAGAAGACGGUGACCGAAAUACUGGAAGAAGCCGACAUGAAUGAAAUGACCGAGUACAAGAUUCGAAAAAUCGCUUCUCAGAGACUCGAACUCGACCUCUCCGAGUCCAAAUACAAGGCUUACGUUAGGCACGUCGUCAAUUCUUUCCUCGAAGAGCUAAAAGCUAAACAGGAAGUCGAAGAAGCUAAAGUUGGAGCUGCAGCAGGCGACCAAGAGUUCGAUGAUGAUGGUGAUCUCAUUAUUUGCAGGCUAUCUGAUAAGAGAAGGGUGACUAUUCAAGAUUUCAGAGGGAAAACCUUGGUUUCUAUAAGGGAGUAUUACAAAAAGGACGGCAAAGAACUUCCUAGCUCUAAAGGGAUAAGUUUGACCGAAGAACAAUGGUCAACCUUUAAGAAGAAUAUACCGAACAUCGAGGAAGCUGUAAGGAAGAUGGAGUCAUAGACCCUGUGAGAGCAUGAUCUAGGGACUGAUAGUUUCAUUUUGUGUAAUUGUGAACCCAAAGUUAACCUCGGUGUCCAUCUGGCAUGGUGUCUAUGUAAGUGCUGCACUUUUCGGAAGACCUAAUUUCGGUUUCGAUCCUGGGAUUCUUUUGAAUCUCAUUUUGUAAUGCCCGGCUAGAUAUACCCCUUGGAAAUGAUGUGGGAUCGUUCAAUCAUGCCAUUUCGUUGAUGUUUGUCGAACAAUGCAUGUGAAAUUAAUAAUUUUCAUUUCAAAACA